ACGUGGGGAGCAGGGGGAAGGUCGGCUAGCCCAGAAGCGGCGGCGGCAGCGGUUGCGGAGCCGUUGUGAGGCUGUCUCACCGGGCUGCGGGCCCUGGCUGGGCGCGGCGAGAUGGAGGUGACCGGGGUGUCGGCGCCUACAGUGACCGUUUUCAUCAGCAGCUCUCUCAACAGCUUUCGCUCCGAGAAGCGGUACAGUCGCAGCCUCACCAUAGCUGAGUUCAAGUGUAAACUAGAGCUGGUGGUCGGCAGCCCAGCUUCUUGCAUGGAACUGGAGCUGUAUGGUGCUGACGACAAGUUCUACAGCAAGUUGGAUCAGGAGGAUGCACUUCUGGGCUCCUACCCCGUGGAUGACGGCUGUCGCAUCCACGUCAUUGACCACAGUGGUGCCCGCCUUGGGGAAUAUGAGGAUGUGUCCAAAGUGGAGAAAUAUGAGAUCUCACAAGAUGCCUAUGAUCAGAGGCAAGACUCAGUCCGCUCCUUCCUGAAGCGCAGCAAGCUAGGCCGAUACAAUGAAGAGGAGCAGGCACAGCGAGAGGCCGAGACCUCCCAGCGCCUCGGCGAGGAGAAGGCCCAGGCCGGUGCCAUACCUGUGGGCAGCCGCUGUGAGGUGCGGGCACCUGGGCAGCCCCCUCGCCGGGGCACCGUCAUGUAUGUAGGACUCACAGAUUUCAAGCCUGGCUACUGGAUUGGCGUCCGCUAUGAUGAGCCUCUAGGGAAAAAUGAUGGCAGUGUGAACGGGAAACGCUAUUUCGAAUGCCCGGCCAAAUAUGGCGCCUUUGUCAAGCCAUCAGCUGUGACAAUGGGGGACUUCCCUGAGGAGGACUACGGAUUGGAUGAGAUGUGACGCACAAGGAAGGAAAUCCCCCUGAUCCCGCUAACUUGCCCUCUGACAGUCCAUCCCCAUGUGUGUCCGUGGCCCUCUUCCCCUGGCCCCAUUUUAAUUAUAUUCACCUUGUCCUUGCCAUUGACUUUUGAGACUCAUGCAUUAAACUCGCCGGAAACCUGGA